UCUUUAAAAGGUAAUUUUCUCUCCACCCCUCGCAAGAAUAACCCUGUAGAAUCGUUUUAUUCGUCAUUUCAAAUGUCUGGCAUUGCAAGCAAAGUUUUACCUAGAACAAACAACGGUACCGGCGCUUUUGUGCUCCAAUGUCGUAAAAUGGUGUUCAAUUAUUGUGAAAAAUGGGGAAGUAACAAAGGCAUGAUCGAAUACAUUAAGAAGGAUCUCGCCAACUUCGCAAAGGAACACCCUCAAAUUGAGAUUAUUGUUCAACCUAGACCCGCCCACCAUCCCAUCGUUCGCGGAAUUUACUUGAACGGCCGUGAUAAAGUUAUCUGUACUCGUAAUUUAACAACCGGUGAAAUCAACAACAAAGUGCAACUUCUCAGAGAUUCAAGUGGUGAUAAGAUUAAGAACUUGACCAAGAGACCUGUCAUUUCUACAACAGAAAGUGUCCGUGGUAUUUGGUCACCAUUCAACUCUCACCCUCAUACUAUCUAGACCAAAAAAAUAAAUAACAAAUAAAGCAACAAUGUAUAUUAUCCCCUCUUUUCUGAACAAAAAUAAAUAAAAACAGAUCUAAAUGCGAUUGUCAGAUAUCAAAUACCCCACUGCACUCUUCAUUUGGUAAGGCACAGAAGAC